CGAUGCGCUGCAGCUUAUAAAGCGAUCUGCCGUCGAGCUCUUCACCCCUCCGUCCCCCGCCGUCCUAUGAAUCACUGAGCCGAGCCGCAUCCCCAGAUCUACCGCAACCCGCGAAGAUGGCGACCCGGGUCGUAAUAUUUUAUAAGACCAUGCAAGCUGCCCGAUGCCCGACAGAUGAGCUGUCGCUGACUAACUGUGGUGUCGUGAGUGAGAAGGAUCUGCAGUCUGGACAACAUGUGACAGUGAAAACGACACCAAACCACAAGUACGUGUUUACAGUAAAGACCCAUCAUACUGUAUCAGCUGGAAGCAUCGCCUUCAGCCUGCCACAGAGAAAAUGGGCCGGUCUCUCCAUCGGCCAGGAAGUGGAAGUGUCCAACUACAACUUUGACAAGUCCAAGCAGUGCAUUGGCGCCAUGACGAUCGAAAUCGACUUCCUGCAAAAGAAGAGCACCGACUCCUCUCCUUACGACUCGGACAAGAUGGCCGCUGAGUUCAUCCAGCAGUUCAACAACCAGGCCUUCUCCGUCACCCAGCAGUUAGUGUUCAGUUUCUGUGACAAGCUGUUCGGACUGGUGGUGAAGGACAUCGAGGCGAUGGACGCCAGCAUCCUGAAAGGAGAACCAGGUUCUGGGAAGAAGCCACAAAAGAUCGACAUCGGUCUGAUGGUGGGCAACAGCCAGGUCAUCUUCGAGAAGGCAGAGAAUUCUUCGCUCACACUAGUUGGUAAGGCAAAGACCAAGGAGGCACGGCAGACAAUCAUCAACCCAGACUGGAACUUUGAGAAAAUGGGAAUUGGAGGUCUGGACAAGGAAUUCUCUGACAUUUUCCGCAGAGCCUUCGCUUCCAGGGUUUUCCCUCCUGACAUUGUGGAGCAGAUGGGCUGCAAGCACGUGAAGGGAAUCCUGCUGUUUGGGCCACCAGGGUGUGGAAAAACCCUAAUGGCCCGGCAGAUCGGCAAGAUGCUCAACGCCCGUGAGCCGAAGGUGGUUAACGGCCCGGAGAUUCUCAAUAAGUACGUGGGAGAGUCUGAGGCCAACAUCCGCAAGCUGUUUGCCGAGGCAGAGGAGGAGCAGAAGAGGCUUGGUGCCAACAGCGGCCUGCACAUCAUCAUCUUCGAUGAGCUGGAUGCUAUCUGCAAGCAGAGAGGCACGGGCGCCAGCAGCACGGGUGUGCACGACACGGUGGUCAACCAGCUGCUGUCGAAAAUCGAUGGCGUGGAACAACUUAACAACAUCCUGGUUAUUGGAAUGACUAACAGGCCCGACCUCAUUGAUGAUGCUUUGAUGAGGCCUGGCAGGUUUGAGGUGAAGAUGGAAAUCGGUCUGCCUGAUGAGAAGGGUCGCGUCCAGAUCCUGAACAUCCACACCAAUAAGAUGCGAAGCUUCAACCUGCUGGCUACAGAUGUUGACGUCAAAGAGCUGGCUGCAGAGACAAAGAACUACAGCGGCGCCGAGCUGGAGGGGCUGGUCCGGGCCGCACAGUCCACCGCCAUGAACCGACAUAUCAAGGCUACAUCUACAGUUGAGGUGGACAUGGAGCGGGCGGAGAAGCUGCAGGUCACCAGGGCUGACUUCAUGGGAUCCCUCAACAACGACAUCAAGCCCGCUUUUGGCACAAACCAGGAGGAUUACUCCAGCUUCAUCAUGAACGGGAUCAUCAAAUGGGGCGACCCCGUUACCCACGUCCUGGAUGACGGAGAGCUGCUCGUCCAGCAGACCAAGAACAGCGACCGCACUCCUCUGGUGGCCGUACUCCUGGAGGGUCCGCCUCACAGUGGGAAGACAGCCCUGGCAGCGAAGAUUGCAGAGGACUCUCAGUUCCCCUUCAUUAAGAUCUGCUCUCCAGACAAGAUGAUUGGAAACUCUGAGAUCUCCAAAUGCCAGGCUAUCAAAAAGGUCUUUGAUGAUGCAUACAAGUCCCAGCUCAGUUGUGUGGUGGUGGAUGACAUCGAGCGCCUGCUGGACUAUGUGCCUAUUGGUCCUCGUUUCUCCAACCUUGUGCUGCAGGCUCUGCUAGUGCUGCUUAAAAAACCUCCACCCAAGGGCAGGAAGCUGCUCAUCAUCGGCACCACCAGCAGGAAGGACGUCCUGCAGGAGAUGGAGAUGCUGGACGCCUUCAGCACCACCAUCCACGUCCCCAACAUCUCCACUGGGGAGCAGCUGGUGGACGCCUUAGAGCUGCUCGGAAGCUUCACGGAUAAAGAGCGGGCCAGCAUCGGCCAGCAGCUGAGAGGGAAGCGGGUCUGGAUCGGCAUCAAGAAGCUGCUGGUGCUCAUAGAGAUGUCGCUGCAGAUGGAUCCAGAUUACAGAGUGAUCAAAUUCAUGACUCUGCUUAGAGACGAGGGAGCGUUGAAUGAAGGCGAUCAAAUCCGAAUUUAAGCUGUCAGUCGUUCUUUCCUGUGAUCGCAGCUUGUAAGAGCAGAGGGAGCAAAUGGAGCCAAGGAGACUUUCCCUUUCUGCAAAACCAUAAACAUGAACCAACGUGACAGGAGAAAACUGAUCCCUGGUCUAACUCCUCUCCCCCUCCGCAUGUCCAAACGAGAAAACGUCUCCGUGUCUCCUUCCCUCACGCUCACGCUCACCGGCGUCACUAAUGGCACUUAUAUCAACAUGUUGCAGCCAACUAUUGGAAGUUGUAAUGUGAAACUCUGUUCUCUGUAAAGGAACUUGCAAUAGAUGAUUGUGGAGAAAAUAAAAGAGGUGUUGUUUUGUGCAUUGUGCGUAAAAAAAUACAAAAAAAAGAGGAGGCGGCGUUUUUAGCUCUACUCUCUGUUGUAUUUGUUGCCUCCUUCUCGUCCCGCUGAUGGUAGUUAUUGUCAUAUGUCCUCAUGAGCCGUUCAAAAUGAAACUGACUCUAGUACUGAGGCCGUUUGGCUGCUGAGGUGUGAACACAUGAGAGGCUUUUAGUGAUUUAGGUGUGGCUGUACAAAAACGCUGUUUCAUGUGUAAAUGUAAUCCCUUUAAAGACACAGUAUGACAUUGUUCUGUAAAUAGUAUAUAUAUAUAUAGAAAGAGAGGAAAAAACAGUAUAUGAACAGAUUAUUGAUAUUUCCUAGUAUAUCAAUAUGAUCUUCCUUCCUGUGGAGAUGUUGAUUUGAUUUUAGUGUAAAAAUAAAAUCACCUAACGGAUCAUCUAUACGCAGUGCUGUUCAGUUCAUUGUGGGGAACCCCGUGCUGCAUGUGUAUGGUGUGUGUAUGAAUGGUUGAUUAAGGUUUAUUCAAAUGCAAUUGUGUGUGUGUGAAAUAAUUGUGUACACCCCCGAAAAAAGACAGCUGGCUAUCAUUUUGUAUUUUUUGUUGCAAUGUGUUCAGUGCUCAAAAAAGAAAACAAAAAAAUCGAAACUUACUGUUCUGUUCAGACCAUUGGCGGUGUGUGUAUGUGUGUAAAUAAAUGUUAAUGUGCAGAUGUAUUAUUGCAAUAAAAAGCACAUAUGCACAGCAAAACAGA